AUGUGCCAAGGCCAAGGCGGGUUUGUUAAAAUGUCUGAAGGGCAGGGAAGUGGUUGUUUGAUGACAUUUCUAGUUCUUACCUCGUUAAUCUACAAAUCAUCUCAGAUAGGUUCAGUUACACCAGAAAUUAUUGUACUAGAUACCAAUGGCAACCAAAAAGAAUUAGAUGGUAUUGCUAUUGUUUACAAUUCCUACGUCACUUUAAUUUGCCGUACAGUAUCUGACGAACAUCUUCUAAGAUGGCUGUAUGCACCAUCACAAGAUGGAACGUUUACGCCACUAAAUAAUACAGGCCAUAUUACCAUUUCGUCUCAAAAAAAUGAAGAAGUAUCGUUGCUGCUCGUCAGCGUUCAGUUUAAUAUGUCGGGCGUAUAUCAGUGUACUAAUGGACUUGCCAGUCGUCAGAUAGAUGUUCACGUUUAUGGAGUUUUAAACAAGAUUAGUAGUACUGUCCACUUGAUAAAAAAACAUGAGGUGGUUGGUGCUUACAGUCUUCAGAUUAACACAAUCAAUUCAAGUUAUCAUCCUGUUGUUGCGUGUGAAUUCCGAGUUGGUUCAAACGGUAUACGAUACACUACUGUCCGUUGGAGAGGCGGAAAGUAUCAUGUUAAACCCAAUCUUUACAAAGUUACUGAGAGUCGAGACGAAAAGUCUGGCAUUAUAUGGAGUAAUUUGACAUUGCUUCAUCCUUCCUAUGACCAAGAACUGUACGGAAAAUAUUAUUGCAUGUUCAAUAUUGUGCCUGGUACUAUGGAGACAGCUGAAUUACAAAUAAGCAUUCCACCAUUAAUACACAAAAAUGAACGUAGUGUAAAUCUUUAUUCUGGUGUGAAAUACACUUACUUCUGUGAUAUUAUUGCCUACCCACCAAUCACUGAACCUAUUUCAUGGAUGAGGAAUGAUGUUCCUCUAGUAAUCCAACAUAAUGGUCGAAUUCCUGUUCAUGAUAAUUCUGAAAAUCGUAUACAUUUUGAAAGUAAAAACGUUCUCAAUGAUCAAAUUGUAUUCGAUACAAUACAACCAGAUGAUAGAGCUGUCUAUUCAUGUUUUGUUCGUGGAGCAUUUGGAAAUGAUACAGCAGCUUUCUUUUUACGAGUAAAAGAUCGUCGUGCUCCUCUAUGGCCUUUAAUUGGUAUUAUCCUAGAGGUGGUAGUUUUGUUCAUAAUUAUUUUAAUUUAUGAAUUAAAACGCCGUGAGCGUACUAAACGGGAAGAAGCUGAAGAAAAUUUGGUCACAUCUGGCAAAACACCAAAUGCAGCAUAUGGAAUUGAUGAAGCGAGUGAGAAUAUGUUAUUACGACAACGAGGUGAUCGUCACUAG